AUGGAGGCGGAGCCUAAGAAAUUCCACAAGGGCAGGGAGGGAAUCCAGAAAAAGGAAAUCUCUGCCCCUUUCCCAGAAGAGCCAGAAAUGACCAAGUCCCUGGGAUCAGUGUCUUUCAAAGAUAUAUCUGUAGACUUCAGCAGGGAGGAGUGGCAACAAUUGGACCUUGCUCAGAAAAGUCUGUACAGGGAUGUAAUGCUGGAAAACUAUUUCAACUUGAUCUCAGUGGGAUGUCAAGUUCCCAAACCAGAAGUCAUUUUCAACUUGGAGUGGGGAGAAGAACCAUUUAUGUGGAAUGACAAAACCUCAAGCCAGAGCUGUCUAGAUCAGGAUAUUGGUUUUGGAACAUCACAACAGGGAAUAUCUGAAGAUGUUUCAGUCUGGUUUGAGGGAAUACGUCUCUUCCCAAGAGAUGACCUAUAUUCCAUUUUAGAAGAAUUUUGGCAAGAUGAUAAACAGACAAGAAGAGAAAAGGAAAACCAGAACAAACAUUUAAGUUCUAUCAUCUUCACCAACAAGGAUACACUAGUUAAUAAGGGGAACUGUGACUAUAAUAAAGACAUUGGGAAAAAAUUUCAUGUAAACACAAACCUUGUUCCUUCGAGAAAAAGACUCCAUAACUGUAACUCAUUUCAAAAGAGUUUGAAGCCUAUUGUAAGCUUAUGUAAUUGUAAUAGAAACAGUGCAACAGAAAAUUUUGAUAAGAUUAUUGGAUAUGUUAAUACUUUUACUCGUAUGAAUUCUCAUACAGAAAUGAAUGCUUGUGAAUAUAAUCAAUGUAAGAAACUUCUGAGUAAGCAAGCUCUCAUUCAGCAUCAAAAACAUCAUACUGGGGAGGACUUCCAUUUAUUUUCUGAUUGUGUAAAACUCUCCACCCAUAAGACACACCUUUUUGCACAUCAAAGGAUUUAUACUGAAGAGAAACAUCAUGAGUGCACCCAAUGUGAGAUGAUCUUCACUCAGAAGUCCCAAUUUGCUGUGCCUCAGGUUUAUAUAAGAGAAAAACCCUACGUAGGCACUGAAUCUGGGAAGAAAUUUUCCAACUCAAACCAUGAGAAAACUCCUCAUACUGAGGAGACUGACUAUAAAUGCAGUGCACAUGGAAAAGCCUUUAUCAAGAAGUUAGAUCUUUUCAGACUCCAGAAAAUUCCUACUGGAGGAAAAAACCCCUAUGAUUAUAGUGAAUGUGGAAAAAAUGUCUCUCACAAUUCAAAUCUCAGUAUACACAAAAAAGCUCAUACUGGCAAGAAGCACUUUGAAUGUAUUGAGUGUGGAAAAUCUUUCACAAGAAAAUCAACACUAAGUAUGCAUCAGAAAAUUCACACAGGAGAAAAACCAUAUGUAUGUACUGAAUGUGGGAAAGCCUUUAUCCGAAAGUCACAUUUUAUUACACAUGAGAGAAUUCAUACUGGAGAGAAACCUUAUGAAUGCAAUGACUGUGGGAAGUCCUUUAUAAAGAAGUCACAACUCCAUGUGCAUCAGCGAAUUCACACAGGGGAGAAUCCCUUCAUAUGUUCAGAAUGUGGGAAGAUCUUCACUCACAGGACAAAUCUCAUUAUACACCAGAAAAUUCAUACUGGUGAGAGACCCUAUAUAUGUACUGAAUGUGGGAAGGCCUUUACUGACAGGUCAAAUCUCAUUAAACAUCAAAAAAUUCAUACUGGAGAGAAACCCUAUAAAUGCAGUGACUGUGGGAAAUCAUUCACGUGGAAGUCACGGCUCAGGAUACAUCAGAAAUGUCACACUGGAGAGAGACAUUAUGAAUGUAAUGAAUGUGGGAAAGCAUUUAUUCAGAAGUCAACACUGAGUAUGCACCAGAGAAUUCAUAAAGGAGAAAAACCCUAUGUUUGCACUGAAUGUGGGAAGGCCUUCUUCCACAAGUCACAUUUUAUUACACAUGAGAGAAUUCAUACUGGAGAGAAACCUUACGAAUGCAGUGACUGUGGGAAAUCUUUCACAAAGAAGUCACAACUUCAUGUACAUCAGCAAAUUCACACAGGAGAGAAACCCUACAGAUGUGCUGAAUGUGGAAAGGCUUUCACGGACAGAUCAAAUCUCUUUACACACCAGAAAAUUCAUACUGGUGAGAAACCCUAUAAAUGUGAUGACUGUGGAAAAGCCUUCACUCGAAAGUCAGGCCUCCAUAUACAUCAGCAGUCUCACACUGGAGAAAGACAUUAUGAGUGCAGUGAAUGUGGGAAAGCCUUUGCACGAAAAUCAACACUCAUUAUGCAUCAGAGAAUUCAUACAGGAGAGAAACCUUAUAUUUGUACUGAAUGUGGGAAGUCAUUCAUCCAGAAGUCACAUUUAAAUCGACAUAGGAGAAUUCAUACUGGAGAGAAACCCUAUAAAUGCAGUGACUGUGGGAAGGCCUUUAUUAAGAAGUCACAACUACUUGAACAUCACCGAAUUCACACAGGAGAGAAACCUUAUAUGUGUACUGAAUGUGGAAAGGCCUUCUCCAUCAGAUCAAAUCUUAUUAAACACCAGAAAAUUCAUACUAAACAGAAACCUUAUAAAUCUAUUGACUUUAGGAAAGACUUUAACUGGAAAACACAAUUCAGUGUACAUCAGAAAUCUAAUACUGAGGGAGUAGAAUGCCCGGUGCCACAAUCAUGGGGUAGGGAUACAAAGUUGUGA